AUGUUAGGAGCGAAAUAUGAUUUCAGCCGAGAUCGUGAACGACGUGCUGGUAUUGAUGAUAUGGUUUUUAUGUCAAAAAAUACUGAUUCAGACAUAAGUCACAAUCUCAAGAUUCGUUUUGAUGUCAAUUAUAUAUAUACAUAUAUUGGUCCUGUUUUAAUUGCUGUAAAUCCAUAUAAAAAUGUUGAUUAUUGUCGUGAAAAUCAUAUGGAAAAAUACCGAGGAGCAACCCAAAUGGAUAAUGCUCCUCAUAUAUUUGCUAUCGCUGAAGAUAUGUUUAGUAAUAUGUUAAUUGAUUCAGAAAAACAAUGUGUUAUUAUAAGUGGCGAGUCAGGUGCUGGAAAAACUGUUAGUGCAAAAUUUAUUAUGUCAUAUAUCGCUGAAGUUUCGGGUGGUGGUCCGAAUGUUCAACGAAUAAAAGAUGUUAUUUUACAAUCAAAUCCAUUAUUAGAAGCUUUUGGUAAUGCAAAAACAAUUCGAAAUGAUAAUUCCAGUCGAUUUGGUAAAUACGUUGAAAUAAAUUUUUCACGUGGUGGAGAACCAGACGGUGGUCUUAUUUCAAAUUUUCUAUUGGAGAAGUCACGCGUUGUUAGUCAAGCUGAGAAUGAAAGAAACUUCCAUAUAUUUUAUCAACUAUUAUCAAACGCAGAAUUCUGUCAGCAAUAUUCAUUAUCACUUAAGCUACGUUUUCAAUAUAUUAAUCAUGUGGGAGCUAUUAAAGUACCGAAAAUUGAUGAUGCAAAAGAAAUGCAUGAUACACAACAUGCAAUGGAUAUAAUUGGCCUACCGAAAGAAGUACAACAUAAUAUAUUUAGUUUACUAGCUGGUAUACUGCAUUUAGGCAACGUAAAUUUUGGAGAUAAAAAUAAUUAUGCUACUGUUCUAUCAGAACAAGAUUUACGAGCUCCUUGUGCAUAUUUUGGCAUUGAAGUUGAUUAUUUAAAAACGAAAUUAAUUUCAAAACGUCUGGAAUUUAAAGAACAUCAAGAAAAUAAACAGGUUGAACAAACAUUUACUGUUCAUAAGGCAAUAUUUACACGUGAUGCAUUAGCUAAAUCAAUUUAUUCACGCAUUUUUGAUCAUUUAAUUCAAGCAAUAAAUUCUGCAUUUCAAACAACAAAAAAAAGUGAUUUAUCAGUUGGUAUUCUUGAUAUAUACGGUUUUGAAAUUUUCGAACGAAAUAGUUUUGAACAAUUUUGUAUUAAUUAUGUUAAUGAAAAACUUCAACAAAUCUUUAUUGAAUUAACAUUAAAAAAAGAACAAGAAGAAUAUAAACGUGAAAAUAUUCAAUGGACACCAAUAUCCUUUUUUAAUAAUAUUGUUGUUUGCGAUCUAUUUGAAGCUAAACAACCACCUGGAAUGUUUUUAUUACUUGAUGAUAUAUGUGCUAGUUCACAUGCAACAACAGAAAAAGUCGAUCAAAGUUAUUUACAUAAAUUAAGUAGUUUAUCAAAUCAACAUUUAAUCGUUUCACCACCAACAUUUACUGUCAAACAUUAUGCUGGUGCUGUUACUUAUCAUUCCGAUCAAUUCUGUGAGAAGAAUCGUGAUAUUUUAAAUAUUGAUUUAAUUGAAAUGAUGCAAUCGAGUACUAUACCAUUUGUUAAACGACUUUUUCCUGAACAAACAUCAACAAUAAAAGCUCGACCGACAACAGUUGGCAAAAAAAUUAGUUCACAAGCCAAUGAACUUGUAACAAAAUUAAUGAGUUGUCAACCACAUUAUGUUCGUUGUAUUAAACCGAAUGAAAAUCAAGCACCUGGUGAAUGGAAUUCAUCAAAUGCUAUUGAACAAGUUAAAUAUCUGGGUCUUGUAGCUAAUAUUGAAGUUCGAAAAGCUGGUUUUGUUUAUCGUCGUGAAUUUGCAAAAUUUCUAAGCAGGUACGCUAUAUUGACAAAACAAACAUGGCCGAAAUGGGAUGGAAAAGUAACAGAUGGUGUUAUGCAUAUUGUUGAUAGUAUGCAUCUUGAUAGACGUGAAGUACAAUUAGGAAAUACAAAAGUAUUUAUUAAAUCACCGGAAAGUUUGCAUGUACUCGAAGAUAUGCGUUUACGAAAAUUUGAUAAUUAUGCACGAAUUAUUCAAAAAGCAAUGAAACGUUUUUGUGCAGUUCGUGUUUAUCAAAAACAACGUGAACAAGCUACUGAUAUAUUGCAUGGACGAAAAGAACGUAAUGAACGAUCACUUGAUCGUGAUUAUGUUGGAGAUUAUUGUAAUCUUCAUCAACGACCUGAUUUACAAAGAUUAAUUCCACGUAAUGAAAAAACUGAUUUUAGUUCAUAUUUACACAAAUAUGAUCGACGUUUUCGUCGUCAAGGAAGAUAUUUUAUAAGUACAAAUCAAGCUUUAUAUAUUAUUGAUGAAGAAUGUAUCAAAGUUGGUGCUGGUGGAAAAACAAAUAAUGCUCCUGUUAAUAAAGGCAAACAACAAGAAGGUUAUAUGUUAGAAUAUAAAAUUAAACGACGUAUUCCAUUAGAAAAUAUUACUGAAAUUAAAAUGAGUGAAUAUCGUGAUAAUUUCUUUUUGCUUUGUGUGAAUAAUGAUUAUGCUACAUUAUUGGAAUUAUCAAGUAAAACAGAGGUUGUUUCAAUUAUAUCAAAAAAUUAUGCGAAAAAAACUAAUCGAGCAUUACCAAUGACAUUUGGACAAGGUUUUGAAUAUACAGUUAAAAAACAAAGUUGGGUCGGUGGUGGUACACGUAGUGUGAAAUUUGUUCAUGGUGCUAUUAGUGCUGCAUCGAAUCAAAUUGAUCCAACUAAACUACGUAAAGGAGUUGAGAUGCCACGUGAUUAUGAAGUAAAAAUAAAUCGUAGUUCAAUGACUGUUAUGAUAUCAAAUGGUUUAUCUAAAGAAUCAAGACCAAAUAAAUCGAAUGCUGAGAAACCAAGUAGAGUACAAAUUAAACCUCAAACUAAUAAUUCUUCUCGGAAGCCACCAGCUAAACCUCCAAGGCCAAUAGCUGCAAAACCAUCAAAACAACAAAAGAAACUUCGUGCAUUAUAUGAUUUUGAAGCACGAUCUGCUGAUGAACUUACAUUUCAAGCUGAUAAUGAAUUAUUUCUUAUUGAUAAUAGUGAUGAAACUUGGUGGAAAGCUGAACUUGAUGGGAAAACAGGUGUUGUACCAUCAAAUUAUGUUGAAGUUAUUAUUUGA